AGAGAGCUGGGAGGAAGUUGGGAGGAAGCUCCUAAGCCGGGCCCUAGCUAGGCGACGCCCGCUCCUCAGGGUCUGGUGGUCGUCUCUCCUUUUCCUCCCGAGGGACCAGGAGGAAUGGCAGGCCGGGAGUAGAUGGCUGGGAGGAGCGCGGCCUCCCCGUUGAAUCCCCCUCCUGUCUUGGCGAAGCUCCCCGCUUCCGCCGUCAUCCAUUAACACGAGGAGCGAUUUUCUGCCCUUGGUCCAUUCACCUCUCCUUCCCUCGCCUGCCCGCUCUGCCUGCCGUCUCUCUCACGGUCACGUCCCGGGUGGCCGUCCUUUGCUCCCUGCAGGGGAGAGGCCGUCCUGAAUAUUUGUCGCCUUGGAUUCUGCGGCCACCUUUCCCUCGUUCUCAACUUCCCUCUCGCUAUUUUUAUAAAUUGAAGAAUUGAUAUCCAGUAGCUGAAGUUCUCUGGGGGGUUGCAAUGCAAAUUUUUAAAAUAUUCAAAAUCUGAAGCAAUUUAAACAGCUAAAGCAUUUAGAAUAAGCUACUAGAUCGAUAGAAACGACUGACAUAAAUGUCUGUUUUAAACACAUUUUAAAGUUAGGGUUGUACGCGGUCUUUCUCACAAGAAGGAAGAACAGGUUAUGAGAGCUUUUCAUCUCUCUUUCUCUGGGCCACUGCCCCUUACCUUUUAACAAUUUGAAUAUUAAUUUAAUAUACUACUUGUGAUAAGCAAGUAGUGAAAGGCACAUCUCUGUUUUGGCCUCCUAUGAUACAACACUGAGAUCAAGUGCAUCACUUCAAAUUUGAAAGGGGGAAGAAAUGUCAGUAACACUUGAGUGCACAGAGGGAGCAUUAAAACACCCACCCCAUCCUCCUAAAGGUUUAUCUAGAUCAGCAUCCUGUUUUCAACAGGACCACCCACAUGUUCUGGGAAAUUCAUAGACAAGGCAUGAAUGCUUUGACCUCCCAUGUUUGUUGUACUCUUUAAUUCCAUUUGUUUGCAGGGUAAAGUCCAAGUAAGAUUCACAUUAAGAUUCAGAGGCCUGUCCUGGAAUAUAAUCAAGAUCGAAUUACCAAAAAGAGACAUUUAAAGAGCAUUUACACAGAUGCUUUUCAGAACUGAUCAGUGUGUUCUGCUGUAUAAGGAGAAAGAGGUGUAUCCCGGUUCUUCUUUCCACAAUGGCCCAAUAAGUCAGUGAUGGUGUAGAUUCUUUACUUCCUUUUCUGUUUCCCCUUUCACCCAUUUCAAGGACUUGCUUAUUUUCCUGGGUUGGUUUAGGUCAAAGAACUAUGCCACACCUCACUGCUGUUUCCAUUUCUACCUGGGGUUUUGGCUGCUUUCAGAUUAUCCUUACAUUCUUAUGGACUGGGGGUCUCCUUCAAGGUGUGUGAUGGGGGGUUUCUGACCCCCCCCAUUUUUUCAUUUCUUUUGCUGGUUAAAGAGUUUUUAUGAAAUUCAUCCCCCUGCCCAUUCAAAUCCUUUCACAUGCAACUUUCUAGCCUACAUUUCUGUUACACACAUUUUAGUGAUUUCUUUUUGCUGCUAAUGCUUUUGAGGAUUCAGCUGCUCUCACCCACUUCUCUCAAACUAUUUUGUGAACAGCUUUGUGCUUACUGCCCUUUAUGUGGGAAGUGCAGUUGUCCACCUUUCCUGUGUCCCUAUCAGGGAAGGAGAAUAUUAGAAAGGUAUAUAUUAGCCAUUCGCAAAGAUGACCUAACAAGUAAAUAUUUGAAGGGCUGUCUGACAGAUGAUGCAGAUUUGUUAUCUGUUGCCUCAGAUGAUAGAACCCAAAUCAGUGAGUUUAAAUGGCAAGAAACGGGAUUUCAGGAAGAUGGUAUAGAGUAUACUUGCUCAGAAGAUGGUGGUUUUUCCUUUGCUAGAGGUUUUUAAGCAGAGACUGGAGGGGUCUCAGGACUGCAGAUGCAGAUCCCCUGUGUUGGCACACAGUUGGACUAGGUGACCUUCCAGCUCUGUGAUUCUUAACAGUACACAUUAUGUAUAUUCCUUAUUUCUUGAUUGCCUAAGAUUUCCCUUGUAAUUUACAUCUACAGCUAUUUUUUUGGGAGAUGUGCAACCUGCAGAAGGUGUUGCUCCAAUGUUCUUGGUUCAAUAUUUAAUAUUUGUUAUUAGCCCUCAUCAAAUUGUCAUCUUAAUGUGUUUUGUAGGUGUUACUGUAUAGAUGUAUGCCUUUUUUUUAAUUUCAUGCUCUUCUCUCAUGUCACAGGGGUAACAUAGACCUGUUAUUUAAUGAUAUUUUAGAAGUCAGUAACCUGACCAAACAAAAUAGGGAAUUUGAUGUCAUUAUAUGCUAUAAAAGAAAAAAACUUAUUUUUUUUUAAUGUCUAUUCUCAAUCCAUGCAGAAACAGUCAAAGCUGAGCACAUUUUCCUAUCUUUUGCUACUUGUUUUUAUAGUGUUGUCAAGCAACCUCCUUAUGGCCCUCAGCAAUUAAUCAUGUUCUAAAUGUAAUAUUUCUGUUGGGUGGUGAACUCUUUUGGUGGCACGCCUAUAGCACUGUUACAGCUAUAUAGAUUGUUCUCACUUCCUGCUUUUGAUUUAUUAUUUUUUCAUUGGUGUCGUAACCUUCUAAGGUUUGUAUGGAUAAAUUAAUGCACUGUAAAUUGUAUCUUGCAUCUGCGCAGAACUGUGUAUACUUUCAGAAUACCUAUCUGCUAAAAUAAAUACGUGGCACUGUUCAUCCCCAAGUGAGAUUCACAUGCUCAUACAUAGGUGAUCUGUGGUCUCAGGUAGAAAAUUGAAGUACAGAACUGUAACUGUAGAAACUGCAAAGGCUUUGGCAAACAUUGUAGGUUUAUAUCUUGUUCUAAUCAAAAUAUUAUAAUGAUUCCUAAUAGAUGGGUUUUCCCUACAAGUCUUGAUCUGUAGCAUCUACUGUAUUUCAUUGUUGGUACUCCUCUUGCUACUUUUUUGUAUCAAAUUAUAAAUUUUCUGAGGGUUUGAUUGGUACUUGACAUACUGAUUGGAAGAGGGGGCUUUGCUUUUGGAGUAACUUUCAGAAAUGCAUGUAAAAUUUCUUAUUGUACUUUGAAAAUGUUGACUGUGGAUAAAUACUAAUUUUAAGUGAAAAGUGAAUGGAGGUGAAGUGUUAACAGAGGAGUUUAACAUAAUUUUCAAAUUCUGACUCUCAGCAUUCUUCCAGUGGUUUUCUAAACUAAUGUGGUAGAGAUUACGGGAACCAUUAUGACUUUGUAUGAAAACUUGGGUGAUUAUUUUCAGAAAUAUACUUUAAAAGUUACAUUGCCUAAACAGUUACAAAUAAGACAGUGGUAAGAAUUAACAAAUACAAAAUGGGUACUUAACAGCACUAUUAGCAGCUUGGUCUGCCCUGUGACUAACAUUCUUUGCAUUUUAAUUGUACAGAGGUGCAUGUUGAUUUCCUGUCCAGCAUGUACAAUAGAAAUGCAGAUCACCUAGUUAUCAAGAUUAUGCAGAGUCAUUUGCUUAUGAGAAUGUUGUGUGGGUCUGCAAAGAAUGAUGUAUGAAUUGGGUGAGGUGCCCAGGCUCAGACUAGAAUUUGGAACUGUGGAGUGCAAGUUAGGCUAACAGCUUCUAGAAAUCAACCAAGGUUUUAUUUGAAAAUGAGAAAAAAAGGUAAGCUUAUUUUAAGAUGGGUCAUUUUAAAUAAGUGAGCAGCUGGACUCUUCAUUCCUCCUUCCCCAAAGUGGAACCCCAAAAAGCACUAUACUAGUUUCAUGUAUUAGACACACACACACACACACACACACACACACACAUAUAAACAGUUCCUCAAGCCAAAAAGCAAAUAACUUUCAAAGUAGAUUUGCCAAGCAGAUUGUAAUAUAGAAGGCAGGAAAGGUCUGCUAUUAAAGUUGAUUUUUUAAAAAUUGCUGUACUGUUCGAUUAGACAAGCACUCAGAAGUGAGUGCAGAAUAGUUUUGGUUGUUUUAUUUUUAAUUCUAUGGGGUAUUCCUAAGCCAUUGGAUGCAUUUAAAGUAUUUAUUUGCAUAAAACCAUCAGCCCCAAACAGUAAGAGGAAAAAUUUGUCUGAGGAUUUCAGUGGGUUCUGUGUAUUUGUUAGUUGACAAUAUGCCUGUCACAUCUAUCCAGGAAUUUUUAAAAUGAGCAAGUGUGCUAACUCUGGCUUUCAAAUCUGGCUUGUCUUUUCUUCAGUAAGCCAGAGUUCUUGAUUUGUAUGUCAUAGUAAACAACCCAAGCACAGAGUAUUCCUUGCUUGUUUAGCUACUGCCAGUGUUAAAACAGCAGUCGCGGACCUACUAAACCAAUGACUGUAUGGUUAAACUCUGGACAGAGCACCACAGUAACUCUGCUGAAUUGUUUCAGAGAAAAGGGACUACAAGUACUCCUGGAAAUGUUCUCUUAAACCUUUUGAAGCAUUUUUAUUUUAAAUAAGUGGUGCUGAAUGUGAUACCUCCUGAGUUCCCAUUAUGCCAUCUAUCUCUUGUGCUGAAUAUCUUACAGAACUAGAACCCACACUCACUCAUACGAAGUCAUACAAAUUCUUGUCAGAUGUGUAAUAUGAAGCCAAACCACUAUUUUUCCCUGGUGUUAUAGGAUACAAUAAGACCUAAAACAGGUGGUUUAAUUGUCAGCUGAUCAUCAUGAGCAUAGAAUCAACAACUUGGCAUCACCUAUUGCAAUAUGCAGAUUAUACAUCUUCAGUAGUUUGAAUCUACAGCAUUUCCUGUCUACUUGUAGACUGUUAGCUGUCAUUGAAUUGCCAAUAGAGGCCUACCAUACUCUUUCCGAAGUAGUAACAUGAUUUUACACACAAUGUUUGAUGCCAACAUCUAUUGUAUAUUCUUUAAAUCUUGGGUAUGUACCAUGGAGCUCUGAGUAAGUCAAAUGUAAGGUACUGGUCACUGAGGGGGAAAAAAAACUUAAUGUAAUUAUGGUAUCUGAACUGGCAGUGACUAAGAAAAAGAAUCUUGGAGUUAUGGUGAAAACACUGACCAGAUAUGUGACAGCUGUGAAGAAGUUAAGUUCCAUGCUAGGGCUCAUUAGGAAAGGUACUGAAAAUUAAAAAAGGGAAAGAACCUAAAAGAACUGCCCAUGCAUCAAUCUGUGAUACAGCCACGCCAUUUUCAGUUCUGGCCACCAUGAUUCAAAUAAUAGAGCUGGAAAAGUUGCAGAAAAGAGCAACCAGAAUAAUAACUUCCUGAAGUGGAAAGACUAUAUUUGGAACAUUUUAGGUUGGAAAAGGGGGAAAUGAAGGGUGUGGGGGUAUUAUAGAGGUGUAUAAAACUGCCUUUUUAGGAGAAGCUUUUCUGUGUCUCAUAAUAGUGGACUCUCUAGGGCCACCCAAUAAAACUGAAUGAUUGGAGACUGAGGACAGAUAAUAUGGAGUGCUAUUUAAUGCAGUGAAGUUAUGUCAUGGAAUUUGGUACCACAUGAUGUGGUGAUGGCUGCCCUCAUAGAUUACUUCAGACAAAGAUCAGAUUAAUUCUUGCCAUGGUUGUUAAGAGUACGGGACUGGGACUCAGGUGAUCUGGGUUCUAGUCCCCACUCAGCCAUGGAGCUCACUGGGUGACUUUGGUCAGUCACAGACUCUCAGUCCAACUUACUUCACAGGGUUGAUUGAGAGGAGGGGUGGAGAAGUAUGGAAGCUGUUUUGAGUUCUUUGGAAGGAAAAAGAUAUAAAUAAGGCUCUUGGCUGUUCUCCACCACCUCUUCCUUGGUUGGGAUCAUGUUUGUGGGGGGUGCACCAGGGGAGACAGGGAGGGAAAAAAUAGCUUUUUGUUUCUGCCUCAGUUGUCCUUGAGUUGGUUUUUCUGUUUUUACUGAUGCCCAGCUGUGGAAAGAUUGAAAACCACUGAUGUAAACCACCUUGGAUUCCUUGCAAAAGGAAAAAAAAGCAUGGAUAUAAAUGCAGUGUAAUAAUACUGAUAGAUAAAAUCUGUUAUAUGUAACUCUAUUGUAGUGAUGAACAAAGUUCUUUAAUAUAUUGACCCAAUAGCUGACAGCAUAUAUGUGGAUUGUACCCUGGACAGUUGCAUUUCUGAACCCUGUUUUGGCAGAUAUGAGUGAGGGUGUUGCUUGAGUUAAAAUAUUUCACCCCGCCUUGUAAGUUAUCUAGUUGUCCAAUGCACUACAUUCUUUCUUCUCCCUUGAAUAUGAGUGGGUGAGCAGUGGGUGGGGAUAGAUCAUAAAGUAUUGUAGUCUUAUCAGAGAAACUGGAGUAAUAAAAGCAAGAAAAGCUGCCUUAAUGAUGCAAUUUCCCCCUUUUUUGCGGGGGGGUGGGCAAACUUUUUAUCUAUUCACUGAGACGCUUUUGGUGUACUAGACUGGGCCCUACUUUCCCCUUCUGGCAAAAUGUAGUGAUGUAUAACUGCUUCCUCUCAGUUCUUUUCCUUGGAUGUUAGAGUGGGAGGAGUCUGACCAUAGCCACAUCUCACUCUGCUAUUGGAAAUGUCUCAAUGAGAAAGGCAUAAUCCUCACAAUCUUUUUUAAGAGUAAGCAAGGACCUGGACAUAGAGUCAGUGACAAAAUGGAAAAGGGGAGAUCAUUUUCUUAAGAUCUCAAGGACUGUGGGGCACCUGAAUCUCUGGUGAGAUUUCAUGGCUAUGCAACCAGCAGGGUAGUGUAAGUGUGCAAAUGCUUCUCACCAUGGCUUCUGUGGAUCAUCUUCAGGUAACCUCUGUGUAGUUGUUUUGCACUUGAUUAGUAAGCCUAAGAUAGUCCUCUGGAUUUUCAGGUGACUUUUGUGCUCUGUAACAGGACUAAAGAACUUCAGACCUGGAAUUCUAAUCCCUUUCCCCCAAAUCUGCCAUGGUUUGGUGGUUUUCCUGCUUUUGUGCAGGUCUUAUACUCUUCUGAAAGGUUGGAAUGCAUCUCCUAAGGCCUAGUUACUAACUCUAAGAUCUCUAAACUGUACUAUGUGGGGAUUUUUGUGUUUUUUUGCCCCGAUCCUUUUUGUCUUUUGCUUUCUUCCAUGUCCAAGAGUAAAACACAGCUCUUGAGAGUUUCGUGGAAAUUAUAUUCACCCCUGAGCUGGAAAUGGAUAUCUAUGGAUAUCUGUAUUGUAUUGUACUUUGUUGGAUCAUGACUUUUUCAAAUGAAAUGAUGUAUAAUCUGUUUGUGUUUUAUAGAGUAACUUUGACUUGGACAAAAUAUUUGUGUAGAAGAUUCCUGAGUUUCCCGUAUUUAAGAAUAAGUGGCACACCACACAGAUUUCAAGAUGAAUUCCCUGAUGGACACCCCUGAACUGCCGGCAGUAUUUGACGGGGUGAAGCUAGCUGCUGUAGCUGCUGUUCUCUACAUUAUUGUCCGCUGCUUGAAUCUGAAGAGUCCAACCGCCCCUCCUGAGCUCAUAUACCAGGAUACCCCUUUGUCCCGCUUCCUGUUGAAGUCAUGCCCUCUUCUAACCAAAGAGUACAUUCCACCUCUGAUCUGGGGAAAGAGUGGGCAUAUCCAGACUGCCCUUUAUGGGAAGAUGGGUCGAGUAAGAUCACCACAUCCUUAUGGACUCCGCAAGUACCUCACAAUGUCAGAUGGCGCAACAGCAACUUUUGACCUCUUUGAACCACUGGCUGAAAACUGCAUUAGAGAAGAUGUCACAAUGGUAAUUUGCCCUGGUAUAGCCAAUCACAGUGAGAAGCAGUAUAUUCGCACUUUUGUUGACUAUGCCCAGAAGAAUGGUUAUCGAUGUGCUGUGUUAAACCACCUGGGAGCCCUGCCAAACAUCGAACUGACUUCGCCACGCAUGUUCACUUAUGGGUGCACAUGGGAGUUUGGAGCCAUGGUGAACUACAUCAAGAAGGCAUAUCCCCAGACUAAGCUGGUUGUUGUGGGCUUCAGUCUAGGUGGAAAUAUAGUGUGCAAAUACCUUGGGGAGAACCAUUCUAACCAGGACAGUGUGUUGUGCUGCGUUAGUGUAUGUCAGGGGUACAGUGCACUGAGGGCACAGGAAACAUUUAUGCAGUGGGAUCAGUGUCGGAGAUUUUACAACUUCCUCAUGGCAGACAACAUGAAAAAAAUCAUCUUGUCUCACAGACAAGCUUUGUUUUCUGAGAACCCCAAAAGGCCCCACAGUUUAGCAGAAACAGACCUGGGUAGACUUCACAUGGCAACAUCCCUCAUGCAGAUUGAUGACAAUAUCAUGAGGAAAUUCCAUGGCUACAGUUCUUUAAAAGAAUACUAUGAACAGGAAAGCUGUUUGCACUACUUGCACAGAAUCAUGGUUCCUCUCUUGCUGGUUAAUGCUGCUGAUGACCCUUUGGUGCAUGAUAGUCUACUGUCAAUACCAAGAGCCCUCUCAGAAAAGCGGGAGAAUGUCAUGUUUGCUUUGCCACUGCAUGGGGGUCACCUGGGCUUCUUUGAGGGUGCAGUACUCUUUCCAGAGCCCCUCACCUGGAUGGAUAAGCUUGUUGUGGAGUAUGCUAAUGCCAUCUGUCAGUGGGAGAAGAAUACCUCUCAGUGUUCUGAUACCGAACAAUCAUCUGGCCAAGAAUAAAAGGGUCCCAAAGAAUCUUCAGGUUGUUUCACCUUAGUUUCCAUCUUCUGGAAUUCCUCUAUUCUUCCCCGUUUCUGAGCCUGUCCUCUGAGCAUCUAGAAGGUUCAACCACAGUGCUUCAUGCCAAAGCUGAGUUACAAGAAGAGAGGCUAAUAUCUGGUUUUGAGCAACUUGGAAAUAUGCCUGGACAUUUGCAGUGCUCUCACGCAUUGAAAGGACUCACGCAUCGUAUUGGUGGGUUGCUCACUUCAAGUUUCUGAAAAAAGGGCAACAACAAGAUUUCCUUGAAAGUAGCAAGACAUUUCAGUGCUCUUGACUCUCUGCUCACAUGUUCACUGAUCAGAAAUCAAACAAUAAUAACCUCAGCUGGUUUUUGCAAAACUUGUAUAGCUGUCAGUGACGUGAGUUAGGAGUUGUAUUCUAUUUUGUGGUUGCGUGUCCUUACCCCACAACCACCCCACCAGCAGGGUGAGAAAUAUAUAUCAGUCUAGAAGAAAGUAACUGUUAAUGUCUGCAAGUCUUCAGUACGACUACCCACAAAGCAAAGGGGAAAGAUGUGGAGUGCUGACUUUCCAGAAUGGCAUCCCUUUGUGAGAGGGGGGCUUUGCUCUUUCAUAUUAAUGCACUUCUAGGGUUUAGAUUGCUUUGAAAGUAUCUGGAGAGUUAUCCGCACAGCCGUUGCUUUUCGAUUUUGGAGCAGUGGCUGGGUGGAUUGUUGUAUGUUUUGCUUUUCCAUUGAGACUUCACACAUAGAUGGUUAUUGGCUUGAUCAAACCAGUGGAUUCUCUGCCGUGUUUCUACUUGAGACUAAACAGGUGGCUUUGUGAUUCCUGCCUUUCCUGAGGAGAGGAACCUACUUUGACCAAGACUUCUGUGUGCUCUUAACCCAGGCCUUUUAAUAUGAUCCCUGACUGGAAGUCAAUUACUAUCAACCUGUGGGCUUUUUCUUUUCUUUUCUUUUCUUUUCUUUUCUUUUCUUUUCUUUUCUUUUCUUUUUGAGUACUUCACAGCGAAUCAGUGUAAAUGCUCUUAAGGAAAUUUGUGUGUGAAAGAUAAUAUAUCAUGCUCUUUAUUGCCUCACCCACUACUCAUAUAGAGCAGCAUAUAAAAAUAUAUCCCUACAAUGACUUGCUUUAGAGGAGUUGUGCAUUAGGUGUCUGCAAUGCUGAUUUAAACAAAAAAACCAACCUGUACUAAACGCCUUUACAGUUACUGAGUUCUGUCGGAUGAUUUUGGGAGUCCAGUGCUCUGUAGUCUUUAGCACAAUGACCUCAGCAGGGUGUGCAUUGCAAUGGGGUGGGAUACAGUAAAGAAGCGAUGUCUUUUAUAAUGCAUUGGAGACGGUCUCAGCACCAAGCCAGAGAGUUCCCUCCCUGGAAGAGAAAAGCUUACACCAUCAAUGUAUUUUUUUAAAAAAACGGAUUAUUUAGAUAGCUUUACAAGGACAAUGAAACUUUGUGGUUGAUUCCCUCCAAAACCGUCAGCUCACUGUCCCCUCCUUAUGGCUCCUUUUCACUUCUGUCUUUACAAACAUUUUCUUGCAUUGCAUUUUCCGUACCAAUUCGCACUUUAUUGUUUUAACCUUUAACUCUGCUACCUAGGCACUUUAAUUAUAAUAUGGGUUUGACUGUAUGUUUCUAUCUUGUGUAGGUAGGAAUUCUUUUUGAACUUAAAUACUGUGUUACAUCAUCUCAUGCACCAGCUUUGAAAUUCAAAAAGGUAUAUGUUUUAUUUGUGGGUGGUUAAUUUUUUAAAAUUGAGCAAUAAUUAGCUACUGUAGCAAAGGUGCAUUUAUUUCAUGUCAGGAAUCAAACUCUUUCAGCCUUAGUCCAACAGCCUAGGCCUGUUCAGCAAACUAGCCUGAACACAGUUUGUCAAGUGAGGGAAUGAAGGCUUUUCUACUCUUCCAGAUCUGAGGAUGUAACCAACCCAGACAGCUCAAGAUUUAGUCAAUGAGUUCAUGGCUUUCCUACCCCCACUCCAAAACAGUAUGUUUUACAUUUUUGUUCACAUGCUGAUGUUUACCAUUUCUUGCUACUUCCUCAAAGAGCCAAAAUACAGUAUAAGGAGACUAACAAACUGCACUGCAUAUAGAACUACUAAGAAUUUUUCUUCUACUUGAAAUAAACACUUAAAUCAAUUUUGGUACCUACAAUAUAUAAAAUGGAAGUUACUGCCACAUAAUUAUCCUCUAUCAACUUUCAUUUUAGGAAGUAAAUUAUAAAAGGAAUUUGCUGUUGGCUCACAUCAUUUCAGUCUCUAACAUACUAGCUUGCUCUCUUCCCUUUCUUGCAGCCUUUUAACCAAAUUCACCUUUCCUAAAAACCAAUUACAAAAAUGGUGUCCUGGAUCAGUCACUGAGAGCCAUCUCUUUCCAACCUCACUUUUCCAAAAGUGGCUGCUGUAUGGUUAGAUUUAACAGAAAGAAAAUAGCAUUUUCCCUUGAGGGAAGAAGACCUUGUUGUGUUUGAAUCACAUAGACCAGAUUUAACAUAUUUAGCUCAUGGUAAGGCAUGGAGCCCAUAGUUUCCAUGUUGUACAGCCAAUUUCUGCUCAGCUGUUUUUGUGUUGCUUUAAUUCAGUGAGUAUGGGUUAUGCAAGGGUUCAUCAGCUCUUACAUAACUCACAGUCUGCUUUAGGGUAAUGGAAGGGGGGUUUAACCCUUAGGAAACCCUUGUUUGCUGGAUUUGCACAGCAUGACACCCCUUGGGUGGGGUUGCAUAUUCAGAAUGGCAGAUGCUCACACCACAAGUUAAAGGACCUAUAGUGGGCUGUCAUGUGGUCCAGUGAUCCCAGUGUAACGGGGGGGGGGGGGAGCUUCUUUGCAUAUAAAGGCUUUUAUCACCACUUUCUGAGGGUGGGUGUAAGUGUAACUUUCUAAAGUUUUGAACCAGCUACAGAUUGGUUUUGUAUGCAGGCAUGAAAAUGAGUUGAUGCCUAAUUUUGAUGGCAUUCUUAAUCUUUGGUACUCAGGGAAUAUAUGUCCAUUCAAUUAUAAAGAACAUUUCUGUGAUUACAUUCUUCUGAAUGGUAGAUCUUGGAAUAGAAACAGGAACCGCUAACCAUUAGAAAUCAUCUUGAUUUUUUGCUCAUAGAAUAUAAAAAGACUUUUGUUCCCAUCUCACAAAAUGAAGCUGUACAAGGAGAGACCAUUCUUUUUCAUUAACAUGGCUGGUCAGAGAUGCAUCUUAUGUCAUAAACUUGGUGUUCUCCCUUGCCCUUUCAGUCAAACAGGAGAGAGAUUUUCAAUUUAUUUGAGGGUCUGCAGGAAAAUGAAUGCCAAAACAGAGUCUUCUGUAGGAGCUGAGGAGAGCCUGGCCAGGAAGUAGCUGUACAAAUUCCAUUAUUUAAAAAAAGUGAACAGUGUUAAACUUCUGUUCACAUUUUCAGUGAAAUUGGGAUGUUGCUGCAGUGCAUCUUCCUGCUGUUGUAAGUAGAUUGGACUGUCUCAAAUUUCUUUUGAAAAGUAGUAUUUAAGUCAGCAAGGAUACGGUGUACGUGGAAGCAUUUUUCCACCUCGCGCUUCCCCCCAGUAAAAUGGGCCUGCUUAUCAUUUUUUCAUGGAUGCACUACACUAGAAGGACUUUUUCUUUGUAUGUUCAAUUCCAUCCUGGGGAAGGGUUGUGUGUGCUGGUUCCGGUGUGCAGGCAAUUGUUUAUAAUGUGUAACAGCUCAUGACAUGAACUCUUUAUCUGCACCAUUUCAAAUUAUUUGCACCAUUUCACAUCCAGAUUAUUUCUUUUUCCUGAAAGUUGUUUGUGACCCCUUGAAGAACUGCUACAUUGUUUGCUGUGUGGCAGGAGCCAUCAUAUUGAGUGAUUUUUAAAACAACCUUCAUCAGAUGGACUGUAAAGCUUAAGUUUUCCCUGGUAAUAUAGACCAUUUUGUAAGCUUUAAGUCUGUUCAGAGUAAUGUCUUCACAGCUUGUUGAUAUCUGUAUUAAAAGUAGCUUGCCUUUGGGUGAAAUGUGUGAAUCCCACAUAUAGAUUGGUUCACAAAGGAAUCCUGGGGCUGACCUUUUUUAUUUUUGAAAACUGGCUUUGAUCUGCAUUUAAAGGUUUAUAUGAUUAGGUAGCAUAUCAUGAUUGCAACUCUAUUCAUCCCAAUGACAUGGUGAAAAAAUAAAAACAGAAAACCAACCAUCGGCAUUUCCACUGAACAAAUCUGCUGUAAUGGAGAUACUCCUACAUAUGGCUAUAUACUUCUCCCAUAUACAUAUAGCCUGCAAUAAGCUGUUUUCCACAGAUUGCAUUGUUUUACUGGCUUGAGCCUUUCCUUUGGGUUUCCUGCCGAAAUGGUACUUCCAAGUCCAUAUCCAGGAUUUAUCAUAAGAAAAUGGCAGCACCUCUACCAAGAAACUGAGAAAGGGGUUCCAACUUUGUAGUCAUGAUAGCAGUAAUAGUAACCAAUUGUUGUAAGGUGGUAAGAGUCCAAGCCACAUCUUGCAAACCCUUCCAUAUACCGAUUUUAUUAGCAAUUCUCCUUUGCUGUAUGUUAUGUAGUGAUCUUAGUGGGAUACCAGGUGCACUUACUGAUGUUGAUCUAAAUAAGGGCAAACUACACCUUGCUGUUGAUUGGAAAGGGGGAUUAUUUGCUCAUCUUAAAGGGCAAAACCACUGAAAUAGGGGCACCAUUCAAUGCUGCUGGAGUCUGUGGCCUUUGGUCUUUGCUAACUAACAUUAUGUUUCUCUGUAUGUCUUCCUGUCUGGAAUAAUGUUCUUUAAAUCUAAUUUUCUCUUGCAGGGCCUUGUGGUGUGGAUGCAUGACAAAAUGAGAGAAAUGCAUCUGGGUGGAAAGGAGGGAAUUUGAGUGCAGGGUUUUCCAGCCUUUUUUUCUAUCAGGAACUAUACUAUAACUCAUUUAAACAUCUGGUGUUCUGGUCUUUUGCUGGUUACAUUAAAGGGUACAACCAUGAAAGGGCAUUUUCUAAGCUGGAUCUGAGAAUUGGCAUUCCUCCCCUUCCCCUCCUCUCCCCUGCCCUCCACUUUUUCCUUUUUUUCCCUAAUCUCUAUGCAGGAAAACUUAAUUUUAACUCCUGAGUUCUGGGGCCACCCAAUUCCCUACAACUUUGCUGAUUUUAGACCAGGUAUAGCACCCAGUGUGUCAAAAUUCCUGAGAUAUGGCAUUUAUCAUUUUGUAUAAAUACUGAUUUGCCAAUAGCAAGGCUUCUAUUUUUUUUUUUUUUUUUGAUAAGGCUGUAUGCACAGUAUCACUGCUUAUAUGGACAGCUUUGCCCUUCCCUAUUGAAGGAGGCACAUAUCAAAUACUUUGAUAUCAAAGCAGCUUAAUAUCAAAGCUUUGUUUAUCAAACAUUUGUGUGAACUGGAAACCUUGAGAAUUUAAUCUGCCACCAAGUUUUAUCAAAGGUGUAGUGUCCAGUCCACAGGAAUCUGCAUCCUUCCAAUCUAACUUCAUGGCUAUUUUGAACCAUUCAUGCUUGGUAUCUGUAGAUUCAUUCUCUCAAUGAAUUCACAGAUUCUCCCUCUUGAUUUAAGAAGCACAACUUUUCAAGAGGUGGCCCUUAUUUUUUUCUUUUCAACAUACCCAAGCAGAAGGAUAUCCCAGUACCUCAGGAAGCUAGACCUGUACCUGUGCACUCUUCUUGAUUUCUGUCACUGCAGCUGCCUUAUCAGAGUAAAUCAAGUGGUUCCUUUAAGUUUUUUUUAAAAUGUCUCUUGAAGUUUAAUUGUUUUGGCAAUUUUUGUUUCCAAAUACAUAUUUUGGAAACCAUUAUUUCCGCAUUCCUAACUACUUGGAAACAAAAAUGCUGCCCUGAAAAGGUUUCAUUUGUGUAAGUGACUCAUUGCCACUGGUUCCUUGUUGGAAUCUUAGGAACCAGUUUUUUGGGGGAAGAAGAUUUGCAACUAGCAAUGCAAUUUUUCUAAAUCUGCUAAGGAUUCAAAUUAUAAAAGUGUGUCAAUACGUUUUUCUUUUUCUGUUUUGUGUGUAAUAAACAGAGGUCAUUGCAGAACAGAAUAAUUUUGUUAUUUGAAUCAGUGGAAUUUCUUUGCUUAAAAAAAUAAAGAACAGUUGAGUUCA